AUGUCGCUUCACUGCUUCUUUGGCUUGGAGCUCCGGCCCGACCAGGUUGCCAUUUCCCCACCGAUGCCACCAGAUAGCUCUUUGGUGUUGACGCACUGUUCACUCACAAGCAUUGUGCCAGGUGCCGUCACACUGUACGCGCAGAGCCAUGAUUUACCGACUCGGUUAGCCCUUUGCACCCUUUCCGCGGACAGAGAAUUAUAUUACGUUCCCCUGCAUCACAUUUUCUCGCGGAAGGUUUCCUUUACUCUUGUUCCCUCUUCAACUGUGGGUUGUAGUGGUGAAGGUCCUACGGUCCACCUAACUGGGUAUUUCGAGAGUGAUGAAGACCGAUAUAACGCCGACAAGGGAGACUCCAGCGAUGAGGAUAGGGAUGAGGAGGAAGAGGAUUCCAGUGACGGCAUGGAGAUGGCAUCGCGGCGGUCAAGAGGGGGAGAGAAACCCAAAGGAGACGGUGGGAAACCCAAGAGUUCAAAGGGGAAGGCAAACGGUAACGAUGGAGGCAAUAAAAGGAGCCGCAUCGACGCGGAGAAGAAAGGGAAGGGAAAUUAA